AUGGGUUGGUUGCUUAUGAUACUUACUAAACUGAUACUUGCACAUGUUAUUGGGUGCACCUCCUCCCGAUCUAUACGGAUAAUCUUGGAGCAGUUGUAUGCUUCAAAAUCAAGAGUUCGGGUCAUGCAACUUCAUUUUGAAUUGCAUAGUUUGAAGAAAGGGGCUCUCUCCGUUCCUCAAUAUCUUCAAAAAGGAAAGAAUCUCACAGAUAAUCUUACUGCAGCAGGUGAGCCUCUCUCUGACACAGAUUAUAUUCUCACUAUUCUUAGUGGGCUCAGUUCAGAAUAUGAAUCAUUUAUUACUGCUGUCACUACACGAGUUGAUGCCUACACAGUGGAGGACAUCAAAGGUAUGUUACUUAAUCAAGAAAUUCAAUUGGGUCAACUCAAAGGCUCCCAUGGUUCUCUUGAUUCAAAUUACCCAGUUGCUAAUAUGGCUGUUAGGGGUAAUGCUAAUUUCAACAACAUAAAUGAUUCUCAUAAUUUUUCUAAGGGCAACAAAUCUUACCCUCAACUUCUAAACCUCAAUACAAGUGUCAGAUUUGUUGGGGAUCUUCUCACCAAGAAAGUUCUUCUUCAAAGGGUAAAUGAAGGCGGCAUUUACAAGCUCUCCAAUUCACAUAACGUGGAUACACAUACACCAUUUGCAGAUGUUGGAGAGCGCACAAAUAUUGAUGUUUGCCAUUAUUGUUGGCUAUAUCCUAUGUCUCACAAAUCUGAUGCCCUCUCUAUAUUCAUUAACUUUAAGCACCUUGUUGAGAAUUAUCUUGACACAAAAAUUAAGGCCAUUCAAUCUGAUAUGGGUGGGGAGUUUGUUAAGCUUCAUGAAUUUCUUCAAUCUGAAGGCAUUGCUCAUCAAUUUGUCUAUCCCCAUACACAAGAGCAAAACAGUAGAGCUAAGCAUAAGCAUCGACAAAUUGAAGCUAUAUCAUUGACCUUACUUGCCACGGCAUCCAUGCCCAAACAUUUUUGGCUUGAUGCCUCUCAAACUAUUGUUUAUAUGAUGAAUCAGCUACCUAGUGUUGCAGUAAAUGCCUCCAACACCAUGGCCACUGGGCGCCUUUAUAUCUCUCGCCAUGUAGUGUUUGCUGAAGAAUCAUUUCCAUUUGCUUCUAUGCAACCAACUGCAGCUCCUGUUAAAUCUUCUUUUGUGUUAUUAGAUGGGCCCUCAAUUGUUACUUCUCAGCCCACUGCUCACAAAAUCACUACUAUUCCAUCCACAACUGAGAAGGCCCACAUUCAGGAUACUGCUAUGGCCCACAACACACCCCCUCAAUCUGAUCACUCGACUACAGUCAUACCCCUUAUUUCUAGAGGGUUUGACCCCCCUAGUUCACUAGAUAAUCAUGCAAAUAUCACCUCUGGCCCUCCCAUCAAUCCACUCAAUACACAUCAUAUGCAAACACGCCUCAACAGUGGUAUACAAAAACCCAAAGUAUAUUUGGCAUCUAAACAUCCUAUUGAUGCUUCAGUUGAGUCCACUUGUUAUUCUGAGGCUGCCAAACAUGCCCAUUGGCGCCAAGCAAUGGAAGAUGAAUUUAAUGCUCUUUUAUGA